AUGACAGAUACAAAUAUGUCAACAACUACUUCAACUUCAAUAACUACAACAUCACCAACUAAUUCUUAUACUAAUAAAUCAUCCAUACAUAGUAAUAAUAAUAAUAAUAAUAAUAAUAAUAAUAAUAAUAAUAAUAAUAACAAUAAUGAUAAUCAUAUGCAGGUAGUUUCAACUUCAUCUACUACUCCUAAUAUUUCAGCUUCUUCAUCAUCAUCUGCAUUACCUAAAGAUUCAAAAAUAUUAUACAUAAAUUUUAAUCAAGAUCAAGGAUGUUUUGCUAUUGGUCAUGAACAAGGAUUUUUAGUUUAUAAUUCAAAUCCAAUUGAAUUAAGAGUAAAACGAAAUUUUCAAACAACCACCACAAAUAAUAAUUCCGGUUAUGUUCGAAGUAAUAGUACUGGUAGUCAUAAUUCAUCAAAUUCAAUAACUGGUGGUUCUGGCAUUGGUAUAAUUACAAUGUUACACCGUACAAAUUAUUUAGCAUUAGUUGGUGGUGGUAAUUUACCAAAAUUUCCAAUUAAUAAAUUAAUUAUAUGGGAUGAUUUAAAAAGAAAACCAAGUUUGAGUUUAGAAUUUAAUCAACCAAUUUUAAAUGUUUUGUUAUCUCGAAUUCGUAUAGUUAUAAUUUUAUCAAAUCAAAUUAUAGUUUAUGGAUUUUCUGCCCCUCCUAAAAAAUUUAUAACUUAUGAAACAAUAGCAAAUAAUAAAUUUGCAUUGGGAGAUAUUUCAAUAACAUCUUCAAAUUCAACAGAAGAAAACAGUUCAAAUUAUAGUAACUCCAAUUCUACAAUUUUGGCAUUUCCAGGUAAAAUUCAAGGACAAAUUCAAAUUGUAAAUAUUGGAAAUAUAAAUAAAGAAAUGGAAACACAACAUACAAAAAAAUCUCAUAUAAAUAUUAUAAAAGCACAUAAAUCUCAAAUACGAAAUUUUUGUUUAAAUAAAAGUGGUAGUUUGAUUGCAAGUGCAUCAAUUCAAGGAACAUUAAUAAGAAUUCAUUCAACAAAGACAACAAACUUGUUGUUUGAAUUUAGAAGAGGUAUUGAUAAAGCAGAUAUAACAAGUCUUAAAUUUAAUAAUGAUGAUACUAAAUUAGCAGUAUUAUCGGAUAAGAAUACACUACAUAUUUUUAAUUUAUCAAAUUCAAAUUCAAAUGAUAAUUAUUUGAAUAAACUGCAUUUUUUAAAUAAAUUUCAAUUGCCUUAUUUACCUCAAUAUUUUAAAUCUACUUGGUCAUUUGUUUCAUUAAAUAUAAAUAAUAAAUAUCAUGAAAAUGAACAAUUUAAUCAUUUAGAUUUGGGUGUAAUUGGUUGGAAUAAUGAUGAUUCAAUAAUUAUCGUAUGGAAAUUAAAAAGAAUUUGGGAAAAAUAUGAAAUUAUUGAAAAAUCGGAUAUAAAUGAUGAUCAAAUUAACUAUGAAAUAGUAAGAACAAGUUGGAAAUCAUUAGAUAAUGAAUAA